ACAUCGAUAUCCUCAUAGCUACGGUUGACAUCUCGCGAUACGUUAGUAGCGUUACCCCAUUUUCCAACUGUCCCUCAGUCGGUCGGGAUUUCGGAACCACAGGAGAAUCACCGGAAAGGGGUUUUCGGUGAUAAAACAGCGCAAUUUUGGAGGCGAUACCUCGUUAUAUGGCUACAUAAACAUACACGGAGAUACUUUAUCCACUAUUUGACUAUGGGAAGUGAACUAUGAGGUGUUGUGUAGCUGCAGAAGACUGAAUGAACCAUGGCACAGUUCCCCACCACAUUCACAGGUCCAGAUGUGUUUCUGAUCUCAGUGGAUGAGAGAGCCAAACAUGAUCAGCAGUUUCACAGCCUCUCUCCAACUGCCAGGGGUUACAUCACAGGCGACCAGGCCAGGAACUUCUUCCUUCAAUCAGGACUGCCCCCGCCCAUCCUGGCCCAAAUAUGGGCUCUGGCUGACAUGAACAGUGACGGUCGUAUGGACAUCCAUGAGUUCUCCAUCGCCAUGAAACUCAUCAAACUGAAACUCCAGGGUCACCCUCUGCCCACCGCGCUACCCCCCAGUAUGAAACAGCCCCCGCUGCCUUUAGCCCCACCAACCGGCUUCGGCAUGCCUCCCAUGCCCCCCCUGGCUCCCAUCUCUACUUCUCUGCCAGGCGUGCCCCCUCUCCCCCUGCCGCCUCUCCCCGUCGGAGUGUCUCCCCCGCUCGUCUCAUCCGCCCCGCCGCCCCUCCCCCAGCCCAUCGCCAACGGAGCUCCUCCCACAGGCAUGAUGCAGCCCAUCUCAGGCUUCUCCCACCCAGCUUCCUCCGUCAACAAGUCUUCAUCAUUUAAUCGUACAAGUACCAAGUUGCAGAAGGGGCCGUCCUUUGAUGCUGCCAGUAGUCAGCCCCCCCUGGUUCCGGUUGAUUGGGCUGUUCCUCAGUCCUCCAGGCUGAAGUACAGGCAGCUUUUUAACUCCCAUGACAAGAUGAUGAGUGGACACCUCACCGGUCCCCAGGCUCGCACUAUCCUGAUGCAGUCCAGUCUUCCUCAGGGCCAGCUGGCCACGAUAUGGAGUCUAUCAGAUAUCGACCAGGAUGGAAAGCUAACAGCUGAGGAGUUUAUCUUGGCCAUGCACCUCAUAGACAUGGCUAUGUCCGGUCUACCGCUACCCCCUGUGUUACCACCAGAUUACCUCCCACCUACAUUCAGGCGUGUACGUAGUGACAGUGUUCAGUCGGACCAGAAGAGCGUCCAGGAGGAGGUGGAAGAAGAGACGGAAAGCAGCCAGGAAAAGAAACUACCAGUGACGUUCGAGGAUAAGAAGAGGGAGAACUUCGAGCGAGGAAACCUGGAGUUGGAGAAGAGACGUCAGGCUCUGCAGGAGCAGCAGAGGAAAGAACAGGAGAGGCUGGCGGCGCUGGAGAGAGAGGAACAGGAGAGAAAGGAGCGCGAGAGACUGGAGCAGGAGAGGAGACGACAACAGGAAUUAGAAAAACAGCUGGAGAAACAGAGAGAGCUGGAGAGGCAGAGAGAAGAAGAGAGACGCAAAGAGAUCGAGAGGAGAGAGGCUGCGAAGCGGGAGUUGGAGCGUCAGCGUCAGUUGGAGUGGGAGCGUCAACGUCGUCAGGAGCUCCUGACUCAAAGAAACAGAGAGCAGGAGAGUAUCGUGCUGCUCAAAGCCAGGAAGAAGACCCUGGAGUUUGAACUGGAGGCUCUGAACGACAAGAAGACGCAGUUGGAGGGUAAACUGAAGGACGUCCGGUUUCGUUUGUCCGCUCAGAGGAAAGAGGUGGAGCAGACCAAUCAGACCAGGGAAACACGCAUCGCUGAAAUCACACUGUUACAACAGCAGCUGCAAGACUCCCAGCAGUGGUUGGGGAGGCUAAUUCCUGAUAAACAGAGUCUCAACGACCAGCUGAAACAGGUUCAACAGAACAGCCUCCAACGUGAUAGUCUGUCAUCCCUGCAGAAGGCCGUGGAGCAGAAGGAGACCAGCAGACAGCAGCUCAGAGAACAGCUGGAUGCUGUGGAGAGAGAAACCAGGGCCAAACUGCUAGAAAUAGAUGCUUUCAACACCCAGCUGAAGGAGCUGAGGGAAAUCCACAGCCGGCAGCAGAGACAGAAACAGAAGGAGCUGGAAGGAGACGCACACACACUGACACACACACACACUCACAUACACACCCCGAGCGAGAGAAAGUCUGCUGAACUGCAGGAAAGCAGGUUGUCAUCAGAGGAAAGCGUAGCCUGGAGGGAUGAAGCUGGAGGCUCCGUCCCAAAAGCUCCUAGCCCCGCCACCAGCUCCGCGCCACACGCCUGGCUAAACAGAGUGACUCAAGAAGAGGAGGAGAGGAAGAGGAGAGGGAUGGAGGAGGAGGACGAAGGCCGGAAGGGAGCGGGAUCAGUAGAAGAGAAGGAGGACGAGGGGAAAGGGAAGAAAGACAUGCAGGAGAAACUGACCAAGUUAUUCAGCCAGCCGAGCGACCCCUGGACUUCAGCAGUAGAAAAGGCUCCGGUACCCAAUCUGUUUGACCAGAAGGCUCCAGUCAGCAGCUUCGACCAGCAGCAGCAGCCGGUGAAGGUGGUCUACUACAGGGCUCUUUAUCCAUUCGACGCUCGCAGCCAUGACGAGAUCAGUAUCGCCCCUGGAGAUGUAAUCAUGAACCAGGUCUGCAGAUUUUGGCCCCAUCAGAAAAGGAUCCUUCAACAGCAAGUGGAUGAGUCGCAGACAGGAGAGCCUGGUUGGCUGGGAGGAGAGCUCAGGGGGCGGACCGGUUGGUUUCCGGCCAAUUACGCAGAACGGAUACCCGACAGCGAAGCUCCGAUCAGCCUGCGAUCCACAGCCUCUGCAACCCCGACCUCAGCCCAGCAGCCAAUGAGCACGCCUCCCCCAGCACCUGGACAGACCUCCUCCUCCGCAUCCUCCGCCAACAGUAACUGGGCCGACUUCAGCACCACUUGGCCCUCAAAUACAGCCAGCCAAUCAGACAGCGAGGGAUGGGACGCCUGGCCGACCUCUUCAACCAGUCAGAAUCCAUCGCUCAGCGUUCCCUCGGCGCAGCUACGGCAACGCUCCGCCUUCACACCCGCCACCAUGACGACAGGCUCCUCUCCUUCUCCUGUGCUGGGACAGGGGGAGAAGGUGGAGGGUCUUCAGGCUCAGGCCUUGUAUCCCUGGAGAGCCAAGAAGGACAACCACCUCAACUUCAACAAAAACGAGAUAAUAACCGUGUUGGAGCAGCAGGACAUGUGGUGGUUAGGAGAACUGCAGACCGGACAAAGAGGCUGGUUCCCCAAAAGUUACGUCAAGCUCAUCUCUGCCACUAUGGCGGCCCCAGCCGGCGCCACGCCACGCAGCAAAAACCCUAGUGAAUCUGGAGUGUCAGAAAGUCCACCCAAUGGAAAACGCCCCUCGCCUUCCCCGACCAAACCCUCCGAGUCUGGAGAAGAGUACAUAGCCAUGUACACCUACGAGAGCAGUGAACAGGGCGACCUGAGUUUCCAGCAAGGAGAUAUCGUCAUGGUGACCAGGAAAGAAGGGGAUUGGUGGACGGGCAUGGUCGGGGGCAAGACCGGAGUCUUCCCGUCCAAUUACGUCAAACCGCGGGACUCAUCCUCAGAGUCUUUGGGACCAGCAGGGAAGACGGGCAGCCUGGGGAAGAAACCAGAGAUUGCUCAGGUCAUCGCCCCCUACAGUGCAACAGGAGCAGAGCAGCUGACGUUAGCUCCAGGACAGCUCAUCCUCAUCAGGAAAAAGAACCCAGGGGGCUGGUGGGAGGGUGAGCUCCAGGCCCGGGGGAAAAAGCGUCAGAUAGGUUGGUUCCCGGCCAACUACGUGAAGCUGCUCAGUCCCAGCACCAGCAAGACCACACCCACAGAGCCCACCCCUCCUAAACUGGCUCCUGCCAGCACAGCUCUGUGUCAGGUGAUCGGCAUGUACGACUACGUGGCUCAGAACGACGACGAGCUGGCCUUCAUGAAGGGUCAGGUGAUCACAGUGCUCAACAAGGACGACUGCGAUUGGUGGAAAGGAGAGCUCAACGGGAGAGAGGGUCUGUUUCCUAGCAACUACGUCAAACUCACAACGGACACUGACCCGAGCACACAGUGGUGCGCUGACCUUCACCUGCUGGACAUGCUGAGUCCGAUGGAGAGGAAGAGGCAGGGAUACAUCCACGAGCUCAUCGUCACCGAGGAGAACUACGUCAACGACCUGCAGCUCGUCACAGAGAUCUUCCACAAACCUCUGCUAGAGUGCGAGCUGCUGACGGAGAAGGAAGUGGCCAUGAUCUUCGUCAACUGGAAGGAGCUCAUCAUGUGCAACAUCAAGCUGCUCAAGGCUCUGAGGGUGAGGAAGAAGAUGUCAGGUGACCGGAUGCCGGUGAAGAUGAUCGGCGACAUCCUGACCAACCAGCUGCCUCACAUGCAGCCGUACAUCAGGUUCUGCUCGUGUCAGCUGAACGGCGCCACGCUGAUUCAACAGAAAACUGAUGACAACCCUGAGAUCAAAGACUUUCUCAAGAGGUUAGCCAUGGAUCCCAGGUGUAAGGGAAUGCCUCUGUCCAGCUUCCUGCUCAAACCCAUGCAAAGAGUCACACGCUACCCGCUAAUUAUCAAGAACAUCUUAGAAAACACUCCAGAGUCACAUCCAGACCACAGCCAUCUGAAAGCCGCUCUGGAGAAGGCGGAGGAGCUGUGUUCGCAGGUGAACGAGGGUGUCAGGGAGAAGGAAAACUCAGAUCGUCUUGAAUGGAUUCAGGCUCAUGUUCAGUGUGAAGGCCUGUCAGAGCAACUGGUGUUUAACUCCGUCACAAACUGUCUGGGUCCCAGGAAGUUCCUCCACAGCGGGAAGCUGUUUAAAGCCAAGAGCAGCAAAGAGCUCUACGGCUUCCUGUUCAACGACUUCCUGCUGCUGACACAGGUGACCAAACCUCUGGGCUCGUCUGGCUCGGACAAAGUCUUCUCCUCCAAAACUCACCUGCAGUACCGCAUGUACAAGACGCCAAUCUUCUUGAACGAAGUGUUAGUGAAGCUGCCGACAGACCCGUCAGGAGAUGAACCGCUGUUCCACAUCUCUCACAUAGACAGAGUUUACACACUCAGAGCUGAGAGCAUCAAUGAGAGGACGGCGUGGGUUCAGAAGAUUAAAGCAGCUUCAGAACUCUUCAUUGAGACAGAGAAGAAGAAGAGAGAGAAGGCUUAUCUAGUACGUUCUCAGAGGGCGACAGGUAUCGGAAGACUGAUGGUCAACAUUGUGGAGGGAAUCGAGCUCAAACCCUGUCGCUCCCAUGGAAAAAGUAACCCAUACUGUGAGGUGACUAUGGGUUCCCAGUGCCAUAUCACAAAAACGCUACAGGACACGUUGAAUCCUAAGUGGAACUCCAACUGUCAGUUUUUUAUAAAGGACCUGGAACAAGACGUCCUCUGUGUCACUGUGUUUGAACGAGACCAGUUCUCCCCCGACGACUUCCUGGGCAGGACAGAGAUCCGGUUGGCUGAAAUAAAGAAGGACCAGGGCUCUAAAGGACCAAUCACGAAGCGGUUGCUGCUCCACGAGGUUCCCACAGGAGAGAUCGUUGUCAGGCUGGACCUCCAGCUGUUUGAGGAGCCGUGAAGCCUGGACAGGACCAGACUGGGCUGGACUGGGCUGGACUGGACUGCAGAGGAUUUGAUUUUGGACCUGACAGUUGACCUGGAUUAGACUCGACUGGUCUGGAUUCUCAUAAUUCUCAUCAUUCCUACUUAUUUAUUCAUACACAGACAUUACAUUUAUCAGUUUAAGCCAUCUACUUGUUGGAAAAAAUACAGAUUUUUAAUAAUUCAUUACAAUCAGGAACCUUUUGCAAAUAUAUUUACAACAACACUGCUAUUAUGUGGCAGUUUGCAAAUCUUUAUAGCCUUUUUUGAGGGAAAAAUCUAAUAAAACUCUAAUAUUACACUUGAAUAUCAGUCAUGUUGUUUCAUCAUGUGAAACAACAUGCAGAUAAUCAUAAAUAUCUGAAAACAAAACUCAAAUGCUUUAAUUAAAGGUCACUUCUGAGUUUUGAACAGCAGGGGGCGACAUAUAAAUGUUUUUCUCCUUUCUAAUGCAGCUGUAACCAGUCUGCACAAAGUAGAAAGUUUUGAUCAAAGUCAAAUUUUUUAUGCAGAAAGUACUUAAAGGGAAAUUUCACCACGUUUUAUGUGGAUGUCCAAUCAGCAUUGAUGGUAAAUGUAGUCAAAUGUGAUAAAUUCAUCAGUGUAUUGACCGAGAAAGCUCAGUUUUCCUGCAUUGCCUGCACGCUUCUCAACUCCGCCUCUCUCCGCUGCAUUUCUUCUAGACAAAUUGACAAAUAUUGAAACACAAACCUGAGACCAACGUCCUACCCAACCAGAUCAGAUAGAGUGUAGUCGGGUUUUGGUUCCGUGAAAACCUCUACUGCUCAUCUUGUGCUUUUGGUGGAAGAUACAAUACAUUCCCAAUUAUAGUUCUUAAUAUUCCUAAAUAUAAUUAUGUCUUAGAUGAUAUCUUUAAGUCUUAAAUUUUGUUGUUCAGCUCUUAAAUUUAGUGCGAGUGCUGCUUUUCCUGCAAGAAUUCAGUUCAGUAAAGCAGAUCCGCGAUGUGAAAGGACAGUUUAAAAAAAGAUGAAGAGCACUUCUUACAAUAAACUCCACAAGUCAGUUAGCUCACUGUGAAUGAUGUUUCUUUCAGUCUAUUCCAGUCCAGCCCAGUCCAGUUUAAUCCUGUCAUCCCUCAGUCUGAUCCAGUUCGGUCCCGUCCUGUUGGGAGAUCAGCUGGGUCUUUACUGUUUUCUCUCUCUCUGCUUCUUCAGACAGUCUCACAGACAAUCCCAGCCCUCCUCGUUUGUCCCGACAAACCCGAACCCCCCUGUGUGUGUGUGUGUGCGUGUGCCUGUGUGUGUGUGUGUGUGUGACAGACGGCUGGUGUGAUUGACUGUAUGAGUGUCAAGGUGGACUGGCUAAUUACAGGUACGGUUCAGUGUACAUUUUAUUAAGUCUUACAGGUCUCGAGCGACUUUGAGGUACCACAUGUGAAUGGACAUUUUGUAUUUUGGUCUGUUUUGACCGUCACUGAACACUUGCCACAUAAUUUCAGAAAGUCAAGACAUAUGUACAGGUUUAAAUGAGAAAUAAUGCUAACGAUGCUAAUCAGCUGAAAAUAUAGAAAGAUUUUACCCCACUAUAUGACAAGUGACCAGUGUACAUAAACUACAGACAUGUCAAGACGUCCCUUUCACAUGUAUUAAUUAUAAUAACGCUGAUAAUAAUAUGGCUGGAUUAUUGACGAACCAGGGAACAGGUGUGACAGCUAAUUUAAAAUGAGGUACUGUAAAGAAGAAUGUCUUAACUUUUUCCUAUGUUUUAAUGUUGGACGCACAUGGGGGGUCGUAGUUUUAGGUGAUCUUUUGUCACACAUCUGAACUCUGUUGUUACGUUGCUGCUGUGUGGAGCUGCCACCGUGGCCGUCACUAUGCAUGGGUACCGCUACGGAGGGUGGGGGGGGCGGAAAAACCCUGAAAGAUUCAGGGGGGACAGGAGCCCUCGAACAUGCCAGGUACUACAGGAAAUGUAUUUUAUAGGAACAGCGUCUUAGAUCAUUUCCACACUCUAACCCUAAAGAGGAAAUACAGUAAUUUUACUGUGCGUUGGCACUCCCAGCACUUUUAAAACAGACACUGUCACUGAUAUUAGAGCGGAGCGCAUGUGCACAGCGGCCAUUUUGAGGAAUCAGAGUAGGAACGUUUACCUGGAAGUCUGCGAUAAAAACAAACAUUUAAAGAAUAAAACUGGUGUUAUUCUAUAUGUUUUUUAUUGUCAACAAAUCCCAUGAAAAGCCCAAAACUGAAAAUACGUUAGUCCGUGUCUCUAUACUUUCUGACUUCCCUCUCUGUGGCUCUCCAAGCCUGAACGUGUAAAUCUUAAAAAAAACAAGUGACAAAUAUAUAGAAUCAUUUUUAAAAAAAGGCUCAGUGAUUUCCUAAAA